GCCACACAAGUCGAGUUCAGGCUCAGUCUUGCAUUCUGUCAUUUGAGUUCUACCGCGUACUGUCUCUGCCGUCUGCGUUUUCAUUUCCUCCUCAACUCAACAAAAAUGGUUAACUACGGCGGAGACGAGGUCUCAGCCUUAGUACUCGACAUUGGAACAUCGACUGUCCGUGCGGGUUAUGCAGGCGACGAUACGCCCAAGGCAAUUAUCCCAACGUCUUAUGGUUUCAAGAAAGACGCGUCAGCCGAGGAGGAUGUCUCUAUGACUGAACCUGGAGAGGAGGGCGACGCGUCUCCAAAACCUAGUCCCAAAGUCACCAUGUACGUCGGCAAUAAUGGGCCCACCGUAUGGCGAGAGGGUAUGGAGGUCGCGCAUCCUGUGCGUGACGGUUUGAUACAAGACUUUGGUCCAAUUCCUGCUCUCGCUUCAUACGCAUUCCGCGACGUUAUGCGAUGCGACCCUACAGAACAUCCUUUAUUGGUCACAGAGCCGGCAUGGAACACUGCAUCCAACCGUGAACGUAUGGCGGAGAUUAUGUUCGAAGAUUUCGGAGUUCCUGCAUUUUACAUCGCGAAUACCGGUGUCCUAAACGCCUUUGCAGCAGGUAAAGGUUCCGCGCUUGUCAUUGACAUUGGGCACGAUACUGCGAGCGUGACGCCAGUCAUUGACGGUUUCGUAUUGCGAAAAGGCUUGGCACACUCUGCACUUCCUCAGCUAGUGCGCGCGCAUGCGCAUCAUCUACUCACAUCGUCCAACUCAAGCCGCCCGGGGAUUCAGCUUCUUCCCCAUCAACUUAUUGCCAACAAGCAGGCAGUUGAUGCUGGUGUCCCGCCUCGCUUCACUCUUAGAGCUGAUCGUCAGGCAGGCACUACCGAGUCCUGGCGAAAAUGGUAUGAAGACAGAGAAGUAGAAGAGUGGAUCCAAGCCGUCGCUGGUGUUUUGGACCAAGGGUGGAACGAGCAAGCAGCAGCACAAAGAGGGGCACGACAUUAUGAAUUCGCGACGGGUUACAAUUACUACUUUGGCUCAGAACGUUUUUCGGUUGGCGAGCAGUUCUUCACUCAUUCACCCCAGCUAGUUGCUUCCAACCCUAAUCUUCCAAAGUCCAUCCCUGCAUUGAUAACCCAAUCCCUGAGUGCAUGCGACCCAGAUAUCCGACAAGUGCUCAUGGGCAAUGUCGUCCUCACCGGAGGAGGCAGUCUGUUCGCUGGGUUGUCCGAACGACUUUCCAACGAGCUCUCAAGGAACUUCGCUCACGUCAAGAUACAUGCGCCUGGUAAUCCCACAGAACGUCGCUAUGGCGGCUGGCUUGGCGGCAGCAUCCUUGCAAGUUUGGGCACCUUCCAUCAGUUGUGGAUUAGCAAGGAGGAAUGGCAGGAGCAUGGAAGCAAAAUCGUCGCACAACGUUGUAAAUGAGAUGCUGUGUACUCAUUUGCUACUCAUUCAUCCCCCGUGUUUAUUGUAUCCGUAUCCGUGUUCUGUAUCAUUGCUUCUUAUGCAUGCGAUUGCACACUGGCACACCACCGCAAAAAAAUCAGAGGGAAAUUUGGCUUUGGAUUGCAUCAAGGGAGGGGUGGUAUACAAAAAGCUCAGCGCAACGUAGACUAAUUCUGACCUAUUCGCACCUACGGCGAGAGGAACUUCUUUCAAAUUCGACAAUUUUCCCGACCUUCUGAGGUGCAACAGAGAGCUGAUGGUGCUGAUGAUGAUGAUGAUGAUGUUAUCUCGACCCGGGGGAAGCGCAGCUUCCCUGCGCUGUCCCAACACCUCCGAAAAAUACAUAUCCGCGCGUGGAGAGCUUAAAAAAAAGGAAAGGAAAGGAAAUCAAAACAACAACAACAACACAAUCGCUGCUCGACCGUCUGUCCAUAGAGACCGGAACCUCCGUAUCCGGUGGGGCUGAGAUGAGAAGAAUGGACAGGGCAUCCUGGGGUGGUGGUGG